AUGUCACGAGUCUCUUUUGAGCCCAUCGUGGCCGACUUCAACGUAUCCCGCUCGGCCUGGCUUGUUGCCCACCACAAAGACUUUGCUGGCGUUCACUCGAGCGCCGUCGUCUUUGACUCACUCCAUCCCUCCCCUGGGCGAAUUCUUCUCGUGCAGCGCUCCGCGACGGACAGCAUGCCGUGCAAGUGGGAGCUCCCGGGCGGUGCCGUCGAUGACGAGGACGCGACGAUUUUGGAUGGCUGCGCCCGGGAGCUCAAGGAGGAGACGGGCCUGACUGCUCUGCACGUGGUGCGACGCAUCACCGAGGGUCCCGACGGCGAGCAGCUCACUGUAUUCACAAAUUCGCGAGGGACCAAGAUAUUCUGCAAAUUUGUCUUUGAGAUCAAGGUGAAUGAUGGAGAGAGCAUUGUGCUGGACCCUAAGGAGCAUCAGGCUUGGGUCUGGGCGUCCGAGGACGAAGUUGUGGCGGGGAAAAUCAGGGAUAGUGAUGGCGUUGACGGGUUUGAGAUUCCACUGACAGCGCCGCAUGUACGGAGAUUGAUUAUGGAGGCAUUUCGAUUACGAAAGACGGAUAUGAUGCAGUAA